AUUAAACGCUGAAUGAGUCGCACUGAUCUCCGCUCAAUCACUCACUCUCAGUCUACAGGUAUUUUUUUUUUAGCGUGGAGACGGGCAUAAACAAGACUGACACUUCUACAAACGGCUAAGGAAUGCAAACAAAAUGCCUGUAGAAACAUUAUCAAUCAGAAACCGCUCUGCCAUUGGCCGCUUUCCGUCCGGUACUCUUACACUGGAGGAUCCAGACAAGGUGAAGCCAGAGAAGCCAGACACAAAGUGGACAUGUAGCACAUGGUUUCGACAGUGCUGCCAGCGCUGCUGCUGCCGCAGAAAAACCGAUGAGGACGCCACAGAUACCACGAAUAAUGGAGGCAGCAUUGGGAUGACAGGCACAGAUACUCAACUGGAGGUGCGUUCCAUAGACCUUCUCAAAUCCAGCAAAGACCAGAACCGUCUGGAGCAUCACACCGAUCGCUAUCACAGUGAACACCUCGUCAUCCGCAGAGGCCAGACCUUCCAGAUGCUGAUUGAGCUCUCGCGGGCUUUCAACUCAAAGACAGAUAAACUUCAUUUAGAUCUGAAACUCGGUAAUCUCCCGGAUGUGUCCAAAGGCACACAUGUGAUUGUUCCUUUGGUUGAAGAUCUGCAGGAUGACUGCUGGGAGGCCAAGAUAGUUGAGCAGAAAGGCAAAAGAAUAAAACUCUCUGUCAACUCUCCACCAACUGCUGCUGUUGGCAAAUACAAGUUCUGUGUUGCAACAUCUUCCCCAACGGGCGAGGCCAUGUCCCCAGACAGUCCUGACAACGACAUCUACAUGCUGUUCAACCCCUGGUGUGAAGAUGACUCUGUGCACAUGAAUAAUGAGGAAGAGAGGAAAGAGUAUGUUUUAAAUGACAUGGGUAUAAUCUAUUAUGGAACGGACAGCCAGAUCGGAGACAGGCCGUGGAAUUUUGGCCAGUUUGAUAAGGGCAUUCUUCCUGCAUGUCUGUUUUUGCUGGAGCGCAGUGGAGCCCCAGCUUCAGGAUGUGGAGAUCCUAUCAAUGUGGUCAGGCUUUUGUCUGCAAUGAUUAACUCUCCUGAUGACAGCGGUGUGUUGGUAGGCAACUGGUCGGGUACGUACGAUGAUGGCACGGCUCCCACAUUCUGGAGCGGUAGCAGUGACAUUCUGAGACAUUACUAUGAAAAUGGAGGAACACCGGUUAGAUACGGACAGUGUUGGGUCUUCUCUGGGGUCACCACCUCAGUGAUGAGGUGUUUAGGGAUUCCAACCCGGUGCGUUACAAAUUUCGAGUCUGCUCAUGACACAGAUGUUUCCUUGACAACUGACAUGUAUUUAGAUGAGAACUACGAGCUGAUUGAGGAGCUCAAUCAAGAUUCUGUCUGGAACUUCCAUGUGUGGAAUGACUGCUGGAUGGCUCGUCCAGACCUACCCGCGGGUAUGGGGGGGUGGCAAGUAGUAGAUGCCACCCCUCAGGAGACGAGUCAGGGUGUUUUCCGCUGCGGUCCCGCUUCUGUUGCUGCUGUCCGGAAUGGACAGGUUUACCUCAAGCAUGACACACCAUUCGUAUUUGCAGAGGUGAACAGUGAUAAAGUGUACUGGCAGCGAACUGCUGAUGGCACCUUUACUCCUGUCCAAGUUAAGAAGAAAGCGAUAGGUCGCUGCAUCAGCACUAAAGCUGUUGGCUCUGAUGAACGUGAGGACAUCACACACCUCUACAAACAUCCAGAAGAUUCAGAGGAAGAGCGCAUUGCUGUGGAAACUGCCUGUCAGUAUGGCUCUAAAGCAGGGAUCUACAACAUCUCCAGUGCUAACGAUGUCAGCAUCCAGAUCACCAUGGAUGAAGAAGAACCGCAGCUUGGUGCAGAUGCUAAACUGGCCAUCACCAUGAAGAACACAAGCUCAGAACUGCGCACUUUCACCCUCCACGGCCAGGUGGUCGUUAUGUACUAUACUGGGGUGUAUAAAGCUACAGUGAAGAAAGACGAGGUUCCUGUCGAACUCCAACCCAAUGAAGUUGAGACUGUGGAGUGGUGUCUGCUCUAUGAUGAUUAUAAAGAGCAGCUGGUGGAUCAGGCCAUGCUGAUGCUCACACUCACUGGAAGCGUUACUGAGACCAAACAGGUUCUGGCUACCCAGUUUCGGUUCAGACUGCGCACAUCAGACCUAGUCAUCAACCCUGAAGGGGACGCUGUAGUUGGCAAAGAAAUGAAGGCUACGGUUGUUUUCCGGAAUCCACUUCAGCUCACACUGAAGAAUGUGAAGUUUCGCUUUGAAGGCCUGGGACUGCAGAGUGUCAGGGAGGUUUCCUACGGAAAUAUAGAAAGUUUGGCUUCGGUGACACUGACAGAGACGUUUAUUCCUUUGGAGGCCGGGCCACAGAAACUUCUAGUGUCUCUCGACUGCCGUCAGCUACCUCAGGUGCAUGGAGUCGCCAACAUCACUGUCAAAGCACUGUGAGACAUCUCUGCACUGGACCUUCAGUGGCUCUAGAAAAUCUCUAUCUAGUUCUGAAGGGUGGUUUUUAAACAGCUUGAGAAUAUCUUUUGCCACACAUUCUCAAAUACACCUGCAUUUUUGCACAGUGUAGUACAAUAACCACUUGUGCACAUUUUAAAUAGGUUAAUUUAACAAUUUAAAAUUUAAUUUAUUUUUCUUACAUGAACCAAAAUGUCUGUAUGAACUUUUGUUGCUUUAAAACGUUGCUUUUUAUGUUGAAUUUAUUCAUCCUUUUAUGUUUUUCUCUCAGAAUAUUAUUUUCCAGAUAUGUCUGAUUAUUCAUAAAUAUUUAAGUCAUAACAA